AGAGAGAGGUGGUAAAGCGUUGUCUCUGCUACUUUUGAGCGGUUGAGAUUCGAGGUUUUACAUUCACCUCUGUUUUUUAUCAACCAACCAUCAAUCCUUCAAUCCCCACCUUCUAAAUUUGAUUACUUUAUACGAGUUUGAAUUUUAAUUGUUUGGAAAGAAAGAAAGAAACCAUGUUUGUAAUUCCAUCAUCAUCAUCAUCAAUUGAAGAAGAAAAACAAGAAAAGAUCGUCGUCGGCGUCGGAGGAGGUGGGAUUGAAUCUCUGCCGGUGGAGUUGUUGGUUGAAGUUCUAGCUAUGGUUGCCUCCUCUUCCUUCACCGACCUCUUCAAUUCCAAAUUAUGUUGCAGAGAAUUUCUAAGAGUCGCAGAGGAGAAUUACAUACUACAACACAUGUCAAUAGAGAAAUUCCCAGUGAUUCGUCAAUGGUUGAAACGUGAAGAAGUGAGUUUGUUCUUAAAUCGGUGCAUACAAAGUGGAAACCCAGAAGCAUUGUACAGACAAGGAAUGGUUGAAUACUUCAGCCACAUGAGAAUGGAAUCAGGACUAGAGCAUUUGAAGAGAGCAGCAGAGAAAGGACACGUGGAGGCCUCAUACGUGUACGGUAUGAUCCUCCUCUCUAGGGGUGGGCAAUCAACAAAACAAGGCCUAAAGCUUCUAAAUGCCAUGAACAAUACUUGUUCAAAUUCAAAGAGCUUGAGAAUCCAAGAGUGCAGAGAAAGAAUCAAAGCCAUUAUUCACACAAUGUGGAUCAACAAUCAUAUGGUUAGCCAACAAACAAAUUUCUGUUGUCAUGGAAAAACUCGAAGCAUCAGAGUGAGAGAGACAUGGAGAGGCCGCGAAGAAGAGGAUGACAACAUGAGUUGUGAAGCUUGUAAAUGGGAUAGAGAAGUCAACUUGUUCUGUAACAUGUUAAUGGGUAGGAGUGUUUAGAUUAUUUAUAAAAGUUGUGCUAUAUAAAUACAGAAAUCAAAUAUAGGUCUCUUUUGGUAACUAGGUUAAAAGUCAGUUUAUUGAUUUUUUUAUCUUUAUUCUAA